AUGGACUAUAAACCUGCCACUGGGGUACUAACCCCAAACCUUGCAUUUCUUACCCUGAUCUUGGGCAUUGGAGGCACUUUUCAGUAUGGGUUACACAUCACGCUCAUCAAUUCUCCAGCAAAGCACAUCCAAGGAUUUAUCAACAACACGUGGUAUCAGCGAUAUGGGACUACUCUUAACCCUGAUACAGUCAUGCUUUUGUGGUCUUUCAUUGUGUCCGUUUACAGCAUUGGAGGCUUGAUUGGAUCUCUGGUAGUUGGAUACCUCUCCGUCACAUUUGGAAGAAAGAAGACUCAGCUGUAUAACAAUGUGGUUGUUUUGUUGGGAGCUCUGCUGAUGGGGAUAAGUCGGACUGCCAAUUCUUUUGAGAUGAUAAUACUAGGAAGAUUCCUGUAUGGCAUUAAUGCAGGUGUUAGUUUAAACCUCCACACAAUGUAUAUUGGGGAAUGCGCCCCCCAGAGGCUGCGUGGGAUGGUCACGGUAACAGUGUGCUUCUUCAUCGCAUUUGGAAAAUUGAUGGGGUUCGUUGUAGGACUCAGGGAGCUUCUGGGCGCAGAGGAAAUGUGGCCUUAUCUAAUGUCUGCAAGUGCCAUCCCUGCACUCAUCCAGUUAGCAACACUUCCCUUCUUUCCAGAAUCUCCUCGGUACCUCCUUAUUGACAAGAGUGACAAAGAUGGCUGUCUUAAAGCUAUGCAGAUGUUAUGGGGCCCAGGUGACCACGGUUCAGAAAUGGAUGAGAUGUUGGCAGAGAAGAAGGCAAUAGAAGGGGAGCAGAUAAAAAGUGUGAAGGAUCUCUUGAGGGAUCGCUCAGUUCGCUGGCAGAUGAUCUCACUGGUCUUGAUAUGCGGAGCCUGCCAGCUCAUCGGCAUCAAUGCGGUCUAUUUCUAUGCGUAUGAUGUCUUCCAGAAGGCGGGAAUUCCAGCCACUCAGAUCCCAUAUAUGUCACUGGGCACUGGAUUUACCGAGAUUCUAACCUCAAUACUCUGUGGAUCUAUCAUUGAUCGUCUCGGCAGGAAGCUCCUACUCUGGACCAACUAUGGAAUGUUGGCAUUGACUCUGGCACUGCUCACUACUACCCUCUCUCUGCAGGACUCCUUCUAUUGGUUCCCAUAUGUCUCUUCCAUACUCACAUUCAUCUUAACGCUGAGCUACGGCUUGGGUCCAGGUGGCGUAAAUUGCGUCCUCCCCACUGAGAUGUUUAUACACUCGUACAGACCAGCUGCCUACUGCUUAAUUGGUGUCAUGAACUGGGUUGGGCUCUUUGUUUUGUCCUUGGUUUUCCCUUUCAUUGUGGAAGCACUGGGACCUUUCUGCUUCAUUUUCUUCUUGGUUUACUGCUUUUCUAUGGCCGUGUUCACUUUCUUGGUGUUGCCGGAAACCAAAGACAGAAGCAUCAUGGAGAUUCUGGAGUCCUUUGCGCCAUUGAACUUCAGGGAACAAAAGAAAAUACCUGUCUAUGCAACGCAACUUUAA